AUGAAGAUUAGGGAGGUCUUAUUGUCACUACUCGUGACUGGUGUCCUUGCCCAGCGCUCAAGUGAAGAUAGCUAUGAAGACCUCUGUGGCGAAAAGGAUCAAGAGGAAGACGAAAUCCUCCCCGGAUACAAGGUUCAAUAUUUCUGCCAACUAAUUGGCCCUCACAACGUUCAUCAGGUGCCGGAUAUAAAUAGCGCCGAAGAGUGUGCCAUGCUAUGCCAGGGUCGCCCUGGAUGCGUUGGAAGCUCAUGGGAAGUCAAGCCCAGUACUUGUUCCGGUGAUACCGAGGCCAAAGACCAAAAAUGGACUCUUUACAUGAAAAAUUUGACUCCGCCGCCGCCUCCAGCCACCGAGGACCCCCAAGAGGGUGAGGGUCAGGAAGGAGAUACCGCAGGAGGGAGUUCCCAGGGAAGAGGCUCUCAGGGAGGAGGUGCUCAGGCAGGAGGGGCUGCUGUAUGCAAUAUUUGCGAAGCCUUGGAGCAGACCAACGCUCAGCUCGAGGAGUGCAAGCAAACACAAGCAGAUUUGCAGAAGGAGCUGACGCAAUGCCUCAAAGACAAGGAGGAACUGUAG